AGGAGGCAGGAGGAGCUGAUGGAGUCCCAGCAUCCCCUUUCACUACAUUCACCCGUUCUGACCCGGGGAAAGUCUGAAGGGGAGGACAAUCGAAUUCAGGGUUUGGUGAGUCGCACAGCUGCGGCUUCAAACUAUUCUGGUGCCUGUUAGUUGCGUGAUCUUGGAUGGCGCAAGGAUUACGAAGAUGUCUUUCAUCAUGACCCUGCCCUUGCCUAAAUUUCCUGGUCUGUUUCAGCUCAUUCAGCUUCAGCUCACCUUGCGCCAUGGACUGGCAGCCAGAUGAGCAGGGUCUGCAGCAGGUCCUGCAGCUGCUCAAGGACUCGCAGUCACCCAACACAGCCACGCAGCGCAUCGUCCAGGACAAACUCAAACAACUGAACCAGUUUCCCGACUUCAACAACUACCUAAUCUUUGUUCUGACCAGACUCAAGUCGGAAGAUGAGCCAACUCGUUCCCUCAGCGGUCUCAUCCUUAAGAACAACGUGAAGGCACAUUACCAGAGCUUUCCGCCCCCCGUGGCCGACUUCAUCAAGCAGGAGUGCCUGAACAACAUUGGCGAUGCCUCCUCGCUCAUCCGAGCUACCAUAGGCAUUCUCAUCACCACCAUCGCUUCCAAGGGCGAGCUGCAGAUGUGGCCCGAGCUGCUGCCCCAGCUGUGCAACCUCCUCAACUCGGAGGAUUAUAACACCUGUGAGGGAGCCUUCGGAGCCCUGCAGAAGAUCUGCGAAGACUCAUCUGAGCUCCUGGACAGUGAUGCCCUCAAUAGGCCUCUCAACAUCAUGAUCCCUAAGUUCUUACAGUUCUUCAAGCACUGCAGCCCAAAGAUCCGGUCCCAUGCCAUCGCCUGCGUGAACCAGUUCAUCAUGGACCGGGCCCAGGCGCUGAUGGACAACAUCGACACGUUCAUCGAGCACCUGUUCGCCCUGGCCGUGGACGAUGACCCUGAGGUGCGGAAGAACGUGUGCCGUGCCCUGGUGAUGCUGCUGGAAGUGCGGAUUGACAGGCUCAUCCCCCACAUGCACAGCAUCAUCCAGUACAUGCUGCAGAGGACCCAGGACCAUGAUGAGAACGUGGCCCUGGAGGCCUGUGAGUUCUGGCUGACGCUGGCCGAGCAGCCCAUCUGCAAGGAAGUCCUGGCCUCUCACCUGGUCCAGUUGAUCCCCAUCCUGGUGAAUGGGAUGAAAUACUCAGAAAUCGACAUCAUUCUGCUCAAGGGGGACGUGGAGGAGGACGAGGCAGUCCCUGACAGCGAGCAGGACAUCAAGCCACGUUUCCAUAAGUCCCGCACAGUGACACUGCCCCAUGAGGCUGAGCGGCCCGAUGGCUCGGAGGACGCAGAGGACGAUGAUGAUGACGAUGCUUUGUCUGACUGGAAUCUGAGGAAGUGCUCGGCAGCUGCGCUGGACGUCCUGGCCAAUGUCUUCCGGGAGGAGCUGCUGCCCCACCUACUCCCCCUGCUCAAGGGACUCCUCUUCCACCCUGAGUGGGUGGUCAAAGAGUCAGGCAUCCUGGUGCUGGGCGCCAUCGCUGAGGGCUGCAUGCAGGGCAUGGUGCCCUACCUGCCUGAGCUGAUCCCGCACCUCAUCCAGUGCCUGUCAGACAAGAAGGCCCUGGUCCGCUCCAUUGCCUGCUGGACGCUGAGCCGCUACGCCCACUGGGUGGUCAGCCAGCCCCCCGACAUGCACCUCAAGCCCCUGAUGACGGAGCUGCUCAAGCGUAUCCUGGAUGGCAACAAGAGGGUGCAGGAGGCGGCUUGCAGUGCCUUUGCCACCCUGGAGGAGGAGGCCUGCACGGAGCUGGUGCCCUACCUCAGCUAUAUCCUGGACACCCUUGUCUUCGCCUUCGGCAAGUACCAGCACAAGAACCUGCUCAUCCUCUAUGAUGCUAUCGGCACCCUGGCUGACUCCGUGGGCCACCACCUCAACCAGCCGGAAUACAUCCAGAAGCUGAUGCCUCCGCUGAUCCAGAAGUGGAAUGAGCUCAAGGAUGAAGACAAGGACCUCUUUCCUCUGUUGGAGUGCCUGUCGUCGGUGGCCACUGCCCUGCAGAGCGGCUUCCUGCCCUACUGCGAGCCCGUCUACCAGCGCUGCGUCACCCUCGUGCAGAAGACUCUAGCCCAGGCCAUGAUGUACACCCAGCACCCUGAGCAGUACGAGGCCCCCGACAAGGACUUCAUGAUCGUGGCGCUGGACCUGCUCAGCGGCCUGGCGGAGGGCCUGGGCGGCCACGUGGAACAGCUGGUGGCCCGCAGCAACAUCAUGACGCUGCUGUUCCAGUGCAUGCAGGACUCCAUGCCUGAAGUCCGGCAGAGCUCCUUCGCCCUCCUGGGAGAUCUCACCAAAGCCUGCUUCAUCCACGUCAAGCCCUGUAUUGCCGAGUUCAUGCCCAUCCUGGGCACCAACCUGAACCCUGAGUUCAUCUCUGUCUGCAACAAUGCCACCUGGGCCAUCGGUGAGAUCUGCAUGCAGAUGGGGGCGGAGAUGCAGCCCUACGUGCAGAUGGUCCUCAACAACCUGGUGGAGAUCAUCAACCGGCCCAACACGCCCAAGACACUGCUAGAAAACACAGGUCGCCUGACGAGUCCCUCUGCCAUUCCAGCCAUCACCAUCGGCCGCCUGGGCUACGUGUGCCCACAGGAGGUGGCCCCCAUGCUGCAGCAGUUCAUCCGGCCCUGGUGCACGUCCCUCAGGAAUAUCAGGGACAACGAGGAGAAGGACUCAGCCUUCCGAGGCAUCUGCAUGAUGAUAGGCGUCAACCCCGGGGGCGUCGUGCAGGACUUUAUUUUCUUCUGCGACGCUGUAGCCUCCUGGGUGAGCCCGAAGGACGACCUUCGGGACAUGUUUUAUAAGAUUCUCCACGGCUUCAAAGACCAAGUUGGGGAGGAGAACUGGCAGCAGUUCUCAGAGCAGUUCCCGCCUCUGCUCAAGGAGAGGCUGGCUGCCUUCUAUGGGGUCUAGACGAGCAUCACGACCGCCAGGUUUCUGUCUGCGUCGUUGGAGGGGUUGCUGGGGAGCGCGCUGCGUCCAGAAGUCGCCGUGCCCUGGUCGAGGGGGGUUAGGGAGGAGUGAGCGGGACCCAAAUCCAGACGCCUUCCCCGUCCACCUACCUGCCAUGGGUGUGUGUGUGGCCUGCCGGCCAGCGGGCAGGUGGGUGGGGUCUCCACACUCAUCCUACAAAUGGGAGGGGGGGGGACUUCUUGGCAGCAAGGGCCCUUUGCUCUCCAUCGGGGUCACCUCAGGCAGCCCACGUGGGCCAGCCUCGCGGGAGGGAAGAUUCAACACGGCCGACCAAAUCCGGCUUAGGAUGAGGCGAGGGGAAAGCAGGCGGGGAGGGGGGUCCUUGUAGAGACACGUCCACUCACAUGUGCACACAUGGACACACGCAUGUGCGGCGCCACAGCCAGCCGGGCUGGGCCAGCCGCCCCACCAUUUCCCCGACUGCAUGGAGACAGUAGAAUUAGUGAACCCCUGAGUUAACCCGUAAGGCCUUCCGUGUAACCUGCAUCUAGAGUUUAAGAAGCUUCUGCUGUUUUGCCGGAAUUGGUGAUUGGGGAGGGCUGGGUGGGUUGGGGGCCUCCGCUGGGACCCUGGGGCGGGGGACAAGGACGGCCAUCUCUGGGCCGCCCAAGUCAGCACGCGCACGCUUGGGACCUGCUCCGCACACUUCCUGCCAGCUCUGUGGCAGCGCAGCCUGUGUGUCCCCCAUCCUUGCUCUGUCCCAGCCAGAAGAGCGGGGGACUGCCAGAGGGGCUGGGUCUGGCCAGAGGCUGCCCUUUCUCCCCGCCACCCCCACCCCAACCCACCACCACCACCACCACCACCACCACCACUGUGCCCCAGUGACUUUUGAAGACACUGGGCCAGGGUCUUUUUCCUGAAGAGAGCUGGGGGCAGCCAGAGCUGCUGAUCCCUACCCCUGCAUCUCUCCAUAAGCAAGUCUGUUUCAAGGGCAGCCCGUUUCUCUGUGCUUUUGAGAGCCCUCCUCUCAGGUUCCAGCCUGAGUUUUAACAUGAGGGCUGGGGCUGGGCCAUUUAAUCCAUGGGAUCAGGGAUGAAAGCUUAUGUUCUAGCAAGAAGGAAAUCGAGCCCUUUGGAGGAGGAGAAUGUGGUCCACCUCUUGAUCCCACUCUCUGUCCCUGGGGCAUCCUGUUCAUCAACAGCUCCCUGUGGGCUAGAAGACCCCAUGGACAGUGAUUCCAGAGGAAAUUCUGGGAUGGGCUGGGGAUGCAGUCACCGUGUGGGAGGCACCCCAGAGAGGGGCCAUGGUUACUUCCCAGUUGGCCUCAAAACUGAACCGGGCCCUGCAGCCCCCUUACGGUUUUCCUUUUUCUCCUCCCCUACUUUUACUUUUCUGGGGGGCCUUUUGGGGGUUAUGUGGGGCUUUGACUGGAUUCCUACAUCCCGGGGCUUGUUCUGUUCAUCCCUACAGGGCCCUGGACCCAGACCCAUCAUAGCCCUUUGUCUUUCCCAGACAAGGUUGGGCCCUGCCUCUAUUCCGAGGGGCACUUGGUGCACAUUCCAUUAACUCUGCUGGCUUCCCUACCCUGUGAAACUCCAGCAGGUCUCUGGAAGCCAUUUGUUUAAAAAAAGAAAAAAAAAAUUAGGUACCAUUUAAUUUUCUGGUAAUCCAGUUCUUUGGAGCAUCCUCUGCUGGGUCUUGGGGUGUGUGGACGGAUUGGGUGUCUGAUGGGAUUGGUGACCCCUUCUCCACCCAGGAUGGGGGGCUCCAGCCACCUUCAGGGAAGGGGAGCCUGGUUCUAGUUCUCUUUCUUUUCUUCUUCCUCUUCUUUUUCUUCUUCUUCUUCUUCUUCUUUUUUUUUUUUUUUUUUUAAGAAAACUAUUUAAUUUUUUAAUUUAUUUUUGGUUGAUUUUUGCACAACGAAGUUUCAGCUUCUCAACCCUCUCCCCUGCCCAGGGCUGCGGACCCUGACUGGCCUCGAUCUGCAGUCCCUCUUUGUCCCACAUCCCUCCUUCCUCCUCACCCCCUCCUCCUACGGGCUCCAGGGUCUGUCCAUUUGUUACUGUGCUGUGCUGGGGAUUGGCGCCAAGGUGGCGUGAGAUUCCACUUGUGUAGAACUUUGUUGAGUAAAGAUCAGUUUCUUGUGAAA